AUGAAAUACUCUUGCGUUUAUACCUUCACCGCAUCUCACAAAAACUCCGUCAACACGCUUGCCUUUUCACUUGACGGUAAAUUCCUUGCCAGUGGCGAUGAAGACGGUGUUCUUGUCAUUUUCAACACGAAGAGUGGGUCACAGUGCGGGGGAGCAACCUUUUUGGCCCCUAUCACCAGCCUCAUCUGGGCCCUCAACGGAACGAUAAUUUUUGUUGGUAUUGAAUCUAAUGGUUUGUCAAAGGCUAAACUUGUAGGCUACAAGCUGGCCGUGAAUUCCAAUGCGCAAAUACAGUCCAUAGCGCUUCACAAUAAAAAGCUGGCUGUUGCCGCGGGAGAUACAGUGGAAUUAUUUGACCUUGAAUCUCAACGUAGCGAAGAACACGGCAUUCGCUGUUGGAAUAUUGAAUCACACCAACAAGAGUGGCGGAUAAAGCCUCAUUCUUUUCGAAUUGGUCGAUCGGCAAUCAACGCCUCUGGAACCUAUCUAGUGUGCUCAAACCUCUUUGAUGGUUUCGAUGUCUAUUGUUUGGAUACUCAGCAGUAUCUACGCACCCUGCCAGCGCACAAUGUCGAGAACGUUUCGCUCUCUUUGAGCUUUGUCCACGCGGAUGUAGAGGCUGUCUUGGGUACAGCGAACGGCGCUGUCAAGGUAGUGAACAUCUUGAGUGGCGACAUGACUGCUGAUCUUCACCAUGAUUCGUGGGACAUGAUACAGACUGUGGCUUAUACAGUUUCUGCAGACGGCAUAUCCCGACAACAUAUUAUUGCCACUGCUUCUUCCGAAAAAGGCCCCUCAACUUAUGUCAAAUUAUGGAUGGCGGUGGUAGACGAACCGAAUGAUGACAAUCAUCCCAGUCAAGCCCAGCCCAGCCCGGAUGACGAUACUAUUGAUCAUGACCCACCCCAGCAAACCACGGUGAUUUUACCCAAGGGCGAUUCGGCCACCCACAGAUAUUAUUGUUUUUGUGGAACACGGCGUCACGCCGCGUUGAUCAUAUUGCUCCUUCUCUCUCUCCUUGCUAUUGGAUUCCCUCGAAAAAUCACUUCUUUCGUCAAUCCCGCCCCCCUUUGGCGAGCUCAGCAAAUUCAGCUCCUCCUUGGCGAGAAUUGGCAUUCCCUUUGCCAAUGGUUACAAAAACCGCUGAUGUAUGAGGUAACAAAGACUGGUCAACUUGUUAUAAUUACGCCAGUACCCUUAGCCCUCAGCCUUAGGCCUCAAGCUCAAGCUCAUGUAUCUCAUAUAGUGAAGUCCAACGACCGACGACGGUAUUCCCUACGAAGGAGAAGUUCUAGCGUCGGCUCAGAGAAAUUGGCUUCUCGAUCUCCGCACCAAUCGACUUGCAACGAAUCACUGCAGAAGACCCAGCACAUCGCCAUCGAGAAGCCCCAUGCUUCAUCCAGCAAUUCUAUGUUGAAAGUCGAACCGAUAGUCGCUGACAGGCAACAUGUGCCUUUAGCGGAUAGUGAAUUACCGGAAAACACAACUGCAGGCUUUAAAGAAACUUCAGCUCGCACGAAGCCUGUCGUUCGGCAUCGCGGCGCUGACAUCCACGGUCUUUCGCCUUCUCCACCCAACAUUUCAACUUCGUCACUGCGUUCUCCCGCACAACCUGCUCGCACAGCAGUUGGGUCUAGUUGCCAUAGACCCGAUAACAUCAAUGAUCCGGUUCUGGCACAACCAACUGGCCGUCCAGGGAAUUUCAAAGCUACGCGAGGUGGUAACAGUAAUUUGCCUCUUGGGACGCGCCGCUCGGCUUGCGAUCAAGAAGGCACUGUUCUUUCUCAGAGUCUCCCUCAACCUCUUUCUGCUGCUCGUUCACAACUCCCCAUCGCUUCUCCACAUGUCGGUCCUCAUCAGCCUAAAGCUACUCUCCAACCCCCUACCGCUGCUCCCGCUGUUUCCCAACGCCCUACCACGACUCAGUUACAGACUGAUUCUCAAUCGGCCAAUCUCACUGGGGGUGUUCAGCGACAAACUGGUAACCUGGAGGAUAGUCGUAACCACGUCACCUACUCUUAUGCCUACUCUUACGCGUCCCGAAACCAACGGAGGCGCAGAGGUGCUGGGAGAACUUACCUCUCCUCCCGCAAGCACUUUGUUGUCCCCUGUACCUUCUCAUUUUCCUGGUUCCGCUCCGAAACAUCUACAUGGUUUGAAUACAAAUCACGGCCCAGCUUCCUCACCGGCUGA